AGGGGCGGAGCGAUCGCCUCCUGACGGCCGUUUGAUUUCGAAACAGAAAGACGAGCCGUUCAGGAAUCUGCCUGAUGAAGGAGCGCAAGUCGCAGCUGUUCGUUAUAGCCGCAAUCACGACUCUAUAUCAAGCUGUCAGUCUGCCGGGUCUCCCUUUUGUCAUAUUUAAGUAGCUGUCAAAAGUCAUUUACACUAAAACGCACUGCCGGUGAACUUAAGAGCCCCGGGGUUAGCUAGGCUGCUAGCCCGAUUCACGUCACAGCCACAACUAACUGGAUCUACGAGCUCUUGUGUCGGUGGGACUCUUAACUCAGACUCACCUCAAGUGGCGAGGUACAGGGCAGCAGCCAAUGUGGACAGUAUGAGCAGCACAUGAAGCCCAACAGGGAACCCGAUUCUGUUCGGUGUUGUCAGGCUCAGAAGAAGAGAAUGUACAACUCCUCACCAGGCUCAAGACGCAACACCAAGAACAGCCGGUGCGCUAACAUCUUGAGUGCUAACAUCACUUCUGUCCGCCAGGCUGCUAACCCUGUACCCCAAACGGAGACCAUCAACCUGUCGGACAACACAACCAGUGAGGAGGAUGUGGUAGAUUUAACAUGUGAGGGAUCGGAGCCAGCAGCUGUUGUUGACCUGACAAACAAUGACUCGGUGGUGCUGGUGGAUGAAGGUCCUCAGAGGAGGAGGGAGCCCAGGGGUGAGAGUUACAUUGUUAGCAGCGAUGAAGAAGACACCCCUACUGCCCUCAACACCGCCUUACUGGUCUCCCUGCAGGCUAGCAGUCGGGCUAGGUCCACUCCCGGUACCAUCAGCUGCCCAGUGUGUAUGGAUGGCUACACUGAGAUAGUUGACUCCGGCAGACUUGUGGUCGCCACUAAGUGUGGUCAUGUGUUCUGUAGUCAGUGUGUCCGCAACUCGUUAGCCCAAUCCCACACCUGCCCCACCUGUAGGAAAAAGCUCACCCACCGACAGUACCACCCCAUCUAUAUCUGAAUUGACGGACGCUGUCCUCAUUUUCCCUUCACACAUCAAAGCCACGAUGUUAAGUUACCAUCAGACAAAGCUUGGUUAACGCUCGUGUCUGGUAAAUCUGUGUAUGGUAAGUCAAUCUAUUUGACCAACCACUUUGGAGCAUUCUUUUUGUUUUUUUGGAGGGGUUUUUCCCCCUUUUGGGAAGGCAAUGGAAUAGACCGCUAAGCUACCUGGAUGGCCCAGGAGCUUUCAUUUCUAACUACCCACCUGUAUUAGUGUAAAGAUCGGGUCGGUUCUAAACCGGUUGAGGUUCAACAGCCUUUGCACUAAAUGUACAAUAUUUAAGGAAAACAUUGCCCAUUUCAGAGUUUUGCCAUCUAUUUUUUAUUUAUUUUUUUCCGGUAUUUACACUUUAAUUUUACUAACAUCCACCAGCUCUCUUCAUUUACCAGUUCGACCAUGGAAUAACUGGGCCUUUUUUGUUUUGUUUAUUGUAAUGAAUAAUUAUGUUUAAAAUAAAAAAUUUUAAAUCUUUUGGAUUGUUCUGUGAUUCAGGAUUUUAAUCUU